AGAAGAAAAGCUGUGGAUGUACUGAGCUCCAGGAUUUACGAGCACACGGUGUCCUUUAUCUUCACGCUCAUAUGCGCGUUAGCAGUCGAUAAAGGAGGACGAGCGUUUAAAGAAAAAAACCCGUCUCUUUUCGGUCGACAUGGCGAGUAUAGGAGUGGCCGUGAGCGCCUCCGGCACUGAGGAGAGGGCCGUUUUCACUCAGCUGAAGCCCGUUCGGCUGUCCGGCGCGGACUGCGCGGAAGACUCGUCAGUGUUCGAGGACGUGAAGCCCACGACCCCAAUGGAGUUGGAUAAAUAUUUGCCCCAACAUGGACCCAUGCUGUCCCCAACCGCUGCAGACAAGAAGUACCGUCGGGAGAGCGCCUCUGUGGUGGACGAGUAUUUUUCAGAUGAAAAACCUGCACCCUACAGCCUUAACAUCAACGUGAUUCUACCCAACACUACACACCUGCGCACAGGGCUGUACCGUCCAGGAAAACCUGUGGCGCCACAGAUCAAAACUGAACCUGGGGUGGACACUCCUUGCAACAUCCAGACACUUCCUGACUUCACUUCCGUCUUCAGCGUGCCCCAGACCGUAAACAGCCUGUACAUCAAGCCCGAUUUAGGUGCCACAGACGAGCUCCACAUUGGCCCCCAGCAGCCGCAGGUCUACCAGAUGCCCGUCAGCAGCAGUGACCUCACCUCAAUGACUUUCUCCCACAGCCAGGCCAUCAAUGGAGCAGGCAGGACCAUGCUCAACCUGAACGCCGUGGCCCUCACCACACCAUCAGGUGAUUUUGUGAUGCCUGAGCAGUUCUAUCCUCAAGCACAGCCCCACAGCCUCCCCCCAUCACCACCCAACUCACAGCCAGCUAGUCCCGAGAACCAAGCGGAGCUGAUUAACACAGUCCCCCCACCCCCACCAUAUCAAGCCCGAGUGGGACUCAAAGUGGGGCAGAUGUCCCUUCACUCUGUGCUGAUGACUCAUGGACAGGGUGUCCUCACUGGGCCCAGGUACAACCGAAGGAACAACCCCGAGCUGGAGAAGAGGAGGAUCCACCACUGCGAUUUUCCAGGAUGCACCAAAGUUUACACAAAGAGCUCUCACUUGAAGGCACACCAGAGGACACACACAGGUGAGAAGCCCUACCGCUGCACUUGGGAAGCAUGUGACUGGCGUUUUGCACGCUCUGAUGAGCUCACGCGCCACUACCGGAAGCACACAGGAGCCAAGCCAUUCAAAUGUGUGGCGUGUAACCGAUGCUUCUCACGCUCAGAUCAUUUGGCGCUCCAUAUGAAGCGUCACCAAAACUGAGAGACUUUUUUGUCCUACUGGGUUUUUGUUUGUUUUGUUCAACUUUUUGUAAUAUUAUUUUUAUUUUUAAGUAUAUUUCACCAUCUUCACCAAGAUCAAAUCAUCUUUAUCUUCAAGAAAGAGCUGCCAAUUCCAUGUGACCAGCUCUGAGCCUGUAGAACAUGGACUGAACAUCUUUUGGAGUGUCACCUGCAACAGAUACAUGUUUUAUUUGAAUCUGUAGACAACUGUAUAUACUGUAUGUUUGUACGUGAGUGCUCUCUGUAUUAUACGAAGAAUGUUUUCAAAUCUAUAGCGGACCUCAUCCUUCCCAUUUUGUCUACAAUGUUUCAGUACAACUUCAGAGCAGUAAUGGUCAGGACUGCGAAAAAGAUCCCAUCAUCCAUUGGUUGGUUUUGUGAAUGUUUUCAUCAUAAAUUCUUGAUCAUGUUUCAGUGAAUCCAGUGCCCUCCUCCCCCACCCGCCCCUUUAGGAUGAUAAGUCAGGUUAGGCCAUUGUUCGAGAUGGCAGUGCAUUCUAGCUCACACUAUUUAUAUUGGAUUUUUCCUCCCCUUUUAUAUAAGAAUCUCAACUUGUUUGCUAAGGAGUUAAGAUAGAGCAUUGAGUAAUGUUUGUUUUCCUCUGGGGUCCGUAUCCAUGGAAACAAAGCUUUUUAUGGUGAGCUUGAGUAACAAGUAUCGCUCUCUUCGAUCACCAACUUGGCAGUCCGCCUCACUGUGUGCUGUAUUAAAGGAACUACAUCCAGGAUUUAACUACAAUCAGUUACAUGCAAGACACCACAUUCUACCUUUAGAAGCUGGUAUAGAUAAUCAUUAUUUAGAUGAAAAUAAAAACAAUCUUUGAAGAAAAGAAUAGCAAGAACAGCAGCAUUUCACUCUGAUGCUGUCAGCCAAAGACCUUCAUAAAGCUUAAUCUGUAAGAUUAACCUCACAGUUCUGACACUGCUUUAAUGUUGAUUAGCUAACAAUAUGGAUACACCAGUUAUUGGCCACAGCAACCCUUGUGAACUCACAGUUGUAUAUUGUUCAUCAUACAUAUGUAGCCCAUAUCACCUUAUCACAACAUCUGUGCCAAAUUACUAAUAAGAAGCAAUAGAUUAGUUUAGAAAAUAUAUAAUGGACUGUUGUUGCUAAUGUCUAAAAUAGAUUUUAAUUUAAAGCAGCAACUUUUUGGAUUUAAAAAUAAAGCAAUGACUGUCACAGUUAACUCUGCCCAAUGACGAAGAACAAAACUUUUCUGUCUCUGCCUGCCUUUAAUUGGUGUGCCUCAAGGACCACUAUUAGUGUCUACAUGUUUUUUUCUGAAGGCACUUUGUAAGCACUUCCUGCUCACGAUGUAAAGUUCUCUGAGUGCCUGUGUACAUUUCCUUCAUUGACCAUAUGGAGGGAACUCUGAUGUACCAUGAGGUAUUGUACAUACUGUACGUAAAAUAACUAGCCUGUAAAUAUGUUUUAGUUUUUUCUCUCUUUUGAUUUUAUUUUUAUGAACAAAUGGGAGUUUGGUUUUGAAUGGGUAUGUAUCGCUCAAGUUUGCAGAAAAUCAUUUUGUAUUGUAUUGGUUGAAUAUGGAAAAUCCUAAAAUAAAAAAAAAAACACAAAUCAAAUGUCA